GGAAGAAAAACAAAAAUGCAAACAGUUUACAUUCAUUUCCCAGUGUUCUUUCUUUGCAACCCCUAUAUUCUUAGCUUUGAGAAUCUUCUAACCUUCAGAGUCUCUGAUAAUCUGGGAAGUGUCUGGCCCAAGAGACAAUUCCUGUAAAUUCAGGACCACCCUUGUUCCCUGUGAUCCCCUACAUCUUACCAACAACCUUUCCUGCUGCUCUGGGUUCUUCAUCCCCCUUACCUUCGUUACUUAGAUCUGAGCUAGAAGUGAAGAAAUAGAUCAGGGUUGGGGUGUGAGGGGAUUUAAGGGAGUCAAAGUUCUAUCUCCCAGGAGGAAGUAUGAAUGUAUUAUCUCUGCUUACUCUAUUCUCAUCUCUGCUUUAUUCAAUGGAACAACCAGUGCCGAAAGAAUCAGGGGGAGGCUCUCACACAGCUGGAAACAGCCUGAACCUCAAAUGUGAAACCUCUGAUUUCCAAUUCAAGACAAGCAAACUUGGCUGGUACCUUUGGGCACCUGGUCAUAUCCCACUAGGACUGACCAAUUUCGACAGUAUUUCUACAGAUGCCACUGAAGACCGAAUCAUCACCUCUAGAGAGGACAGUGGGAGCAGAAUUUUCCUACAGAUUAAGGACUUGGGCCUAAGAGAUUCUGGCCAAUACCAUUGUGUAAGGAGGGUGGGCACUGGAGAUGACAGAGACAAGUUAUUCUUUGGUCUUGGGACAGAUGUGACUGUGGAGCCUGGAACUCGAACCCCACUGACACCUAAUGUGUUCUUGGUGAGGAGCCAGGAUGUUGUGGCUUGCCUGAUCAGGAACUUCUACCCCAAGGAAAUCCAUGUGUCCUUGGCUUCCCCUGGGGCUUUGAUCUCAGCCCAGACCUAUGUUAUGGCUCCCAUGGCCAAUGGCAUCUAUAGUGCUGUACAGAUUGGCAGGAUUGGUGAGAAUGAUACAGUAACAUGCACAGUGGAGCAUCUUGGGAAAGAGAUACAUGUAUCCCACAAGCCAGAGCCUACUGGACCAAACCCUGGAAUUGCCCCUAAUCAGAAACAGUCUUGUUCUGGGCAGGAUCUCUUGGAAGGAAAUGAGCAGAGGAAUAAGCUGCUACUCAGUGUUCUGGGCCUGAGACUACUAUUCAUGAGGAUUAUGAUCAUCAACAUCUUCUUCACUGCCAUGGCCUUGAUCUUCUGAGGAAGAACCUGAGGAAGAAGUUCUAAGAAACUACUACUUGGAUUCUGAAUCUCUUCUGGGGACUCGAGAAUGACCUCUGGAUAAUCUGAAGAUAACUCCAGAAUGACCCCAAGAAGCCAUAAUUAAACCAGUUACAUACAAUCCCCUUUGAACUGCAGACUCUUCAGUCCUGAGUCUAUAUUUCCCUUGAUGUAGCAUUCCUAAUUUCCUUAUUCCUGCAAUAAAGACAAGAAAGCCUUCUCUAGGCUUCUAUAUA